ACCCAAAGCAGAGACAUGUCAGCGGUACCUUAGUAGAGAGAUGCUCAGAGCUCACUAUCAAGGCUGCACACACUGUCUUUUAAAUUACUUGUGAGCUGUUUUUAAAGAGCUUUCUUUAGCCAUGACCACUUUUGAUGACAUCUUGGAGGAAGCGGGGAAGUUUGGCCGCUGUCAGAAGCGGAUCUUCGCCCUGUUUUGCUUGGUGUCCAUGCCCUGGGCCGGGGUCUACGUGGGCAUCGUCUUCCAGGGAUUCACCCCGGAUCACUGGUGCAGAGACCCCGCGGUGGUGGAGAGGAGGCAGACGUGUGGAUGGAGCCUGACGGAGGCUCGCAGGCUGACGGUGCCUCAGGGGAACAGAUCUGAGAGCAGCUGUGAGCGGUACGAGGUGGACUGGAACUCCACGGCUCUCAGCUGUGAUUCAGAGGAGCUGGACCUCAGCAGAAUCCCAACAACGGCUGCCUGCAAGGACGGCUGGGAGUACGACUACGAGGGGAGACAGUCCUUUGUUACUGAGUUUGACCUGGUGUGUGCAGAUGGAUGGUUGGUGGAUUUGUUCCAGGCUUCGCUCAACGUGGGCUUCCUGGUGGGGAGCAUCGCUCUUGGCUACCUGGCCGACAGGUUCGGCAGGAAGAUCAGCUUCCUGAUGUCCAACGUGUUGAACGCGGUCACGGGGAUCAUGGUGGCCGUGGCUCCGAACUACGUGGCGUUACUGGUCUUCAGGACGCUGUACGGCUUCGGAGUGAAAGGAGGCUGGGUGGCCGGAUACGUGCUGAUCACGGAGCUGGUGGGGGUGGAGUACAGACGCACAGUGGGGGUCCUGUACCAGAUGUUCUUCAGCGUCGGCAUCCUCAUCCUCCCUCUGCUCGCAUACUUCAUCUCUGACUGGCGCUGGCUGCAGGUCGCCAUCACCGCCCCUUACUUCAUCUUCCUCUCAUACUACUGGUUUAUCCCAGAGUCUCCCCGAUGGCUUCUCUCUCAGAACCAGAAUGCCAAAGCUGUGAAGAUCACGCAGGCCAUGGCCAAAGAGAACAAGAAGACGCUGUCCACGAACAUCGAGACUCUGACGGAUGAUAACGCAGAAUCCCGCACCGCCUCCUUCAUGGACCUGAUCAGAACUCCAAAAAUGAGAAAACACACUCUCAUCCUCAGCUUCAACUGGUUCACCAGUGCUGUGGUGUACCAGGGUCUGAUCAUGAGGCUGGGGAUUCUGGGAGGAAACGUCUACAUCGACUUCGUGAUCUCCGGCCUGGUGGAGUUCCCCGCUGCCUUCCUCAUCCUCUUCACCAUCGAACGCAUCGGCAGACGCAUCCCCUUCGCCUCCGCCAACAUCGUGGCUGGAGCCGCUUGUUUGAUCACCGCCAUGAUCCCUGACAGCAUGUUCUGGUUCAAGACGGUGGUGGCCUGCAUCGGUCGGCUGGGGAUCACCAUGGCCUUUGAGAUGGUGGUGUUUGUGAACACUGAGCUCUACCCAACGUUUGUCAGGAACUUUGGAGUGUCUGUUUGCUCGACUCUGUGUGACGUCGGAGGCAUCGUGGCUCCCUUCCUGCUCUACAGGCUGGCCGUCAUCUGGCUGGAGCUGCCUCUCCUCAUCUUCGGGUCUCUUGCCUUCGUGGCGGGGGGUCUGGUUUUGCUGCUUCCUGAGACCAGAGGCCUGCCGCUGCCCGACACCAUCGACGACAUUGAGCACCCAGAGAGGAGGAUGGAGAAAGCCGCCCCGAGGAACCAGCAGCGGACCAACCUGCUUCCCACUGAAUACAUCUCCAACAACAAAGAAACAGCUACGGUUUAACUGUGACUGACAGAAGUAUUUAUUUAUGUUGUGUAUCUGUUGCCCGUGGAUUUAUUAGAUACCUCUUCGAUUUUUGGAUUUCACUGUGCUGUGUCAAAGUUUCCUCUGAAUAUUAUCACACACAAACGAUUUAAGCCUCAGGGACGAGUGACGUUGGAUUGAAGUGUGUGAAGAGAGACGUUAAUCAUGUUAUUAUAAUUAUUAUCAUUAUUAUUAUUAUUAGGGGCGACUGUGGUUUAGUGUGAUGAUCACAGGUUCAAUCAACAUGUUGUUGUGUCCAUGAGCAAGGCACUUCACCCUAAAAGCUCCUGUGGGGAUUGUCCACAGUAUUGAUGUAUUACAUGUCUAAUAUAUGUAAAGUGCUUUGAGCACUUGGAAAAAUGCUGUAAUUAAUGCCAUGAAUUAUUAUUUUUAUUAAAUUAUCAAAGAGCUUUCUAUUAACAUAACAUGAGCGGAAAGUGUUUAUAAAAAACAUGUAUUAAACAUUUCCCCUGACCUCACAUUGAGCAUUUUGGUUUUCAGUUUCUAUCUU